GAGAGAGAGAAAGAUGGAAAAUGAAGGGAACAAACCAUCGUCUGAAGUAUUUUGCAUGUAUGAAUGGGGGAGAUGGCCCUUACAGCUACACCAAGAACUCUAUCUACCAGAGACAAAUAACAAACACCUCGAAAGCAAGAAUAAGUAAGGCAGUUGCUGAGAAGCUUGACAUAAAACACCCUUCUUUUACCAAUAGCAAGUUAUGCAUAGCUGAUUUGGGCUGUUCUGUUGGACCCAAUACAUUCAUAGCCAUCCAAAAUAUUGUUGAAGCUGUCAUGCUCAAGUAUCAAUCAGAAGGCCGCCUAAGCUCUAAAAUCCCAGAAUUUCAAGUUUUCUUCAAUGAUCUCAUCUCAAAUGAUUUCAAUAAACUCUUCGCUUCUCUUCCUGUUGAUAGCCAAUAUUUUGCAGCAGGUGUGCCUGGUUCUUUCCAAAAUCGCUUAUUCCCCAAGGCCUCUCUCCAUUUAGUGCACUCAUCAUCUUCACUUCACUGGCUCUCUAAGGUGCCUAAAGAGGUGUUAGAUAAGGACUCUCCUGCAUGGAACAAAGGGAAGAUCUAUUAUGAAAGCUCACCAAAAGAAGUAGUUGAGGCUUAUUCAUCUCAAUUCGCCAAGGAUAUUGAGUCCUUUUUGUUGGCUAGAGCUGAAGAGCUUGUACCUGGAGGUUUGAUGAUACUGAUCUUGCUAGGUUCUCACCCUAAUGGGGUUCCCUAUUCCCGAACAUUUUUUGGUGUAGUACUUGAUCUUUUGGCAUCUAGCCUCAUGGAUAUGGCCAAGAUGGGAUUAGUCAAUGAAGCUAAGGUGGACUCCUUCAAUGUGGCUGCAUACAACCCAAGUUUCCUAGAAUUGGAGGGGUUGUUGACAAGAAGUGAGUGUUUUAGCAUUGAGGGAAUGGAGCUAGUAAAUGUAGAUCUCCUGACAGGAGAUGUUGAGCCUAGUGCACAAAUGACUGCAAUGCACAUGAGAGCUGCAACAGAAGUGCUUAUCAAGGAACAUUUUGGAAGUGAUAUCAUAGAUGAGCUAUUUGACCGGUUCACUGUGAAAAUUGCACAAGAUACUCUAUUCUUGAAUGUGGGUCACAAGUACUUGCUCCAAUUGUUUGUCAUUCUCAAGCGCAUCACUGAUUAA